GUUAGAGAACAAAAUCAAGGAAGAGAAAAAGGUCAGGAGCGAAGGGUAUUAGGUCGAGACAAGACGGAUGCAAUCCGUUGUGACGCCUGACCACUAAGAUAAUUAUACAUCCCUCCCUAAAGUGUUCUUAAAAGAGAGCCAUUAUAUGAACAUCACAUGCUUUAUGCGCGAUUCUUCAUUGGAACACCGUUGGACGAACUUAUAGUCUUCCAAUAACAAUGGCGACAUUGCAUAAGAAGCAUCUUUGUUCAUCAAACCUAGCUAUAAACGCCGUGUUUUUUGAUUUGGACAACACUCUCAUCGAGACUAGAAAGGGCGAUAAUCAAACAUGUCGAAAGUUGACCGAGGAACUAACACAAGAAUAUGGUAUUCCUGAAGACGUAUCUGUCAAGAUUACAACAACAUACUUGAAACUAUUUAGAAAAUGUCCUGACAAUGUAAUUAAUACUCUGGACGUUUGGCGCACAUCGUUAUGGACCAAAGCGCUUGGAGAAAAAUACUCGUACCUAGCAAAACGAGUUUACGAACGAUGGUUACAUCUACGAUACUAUUAUCUGAUGAUGACUACAGACGUAAUUUCCAUGCUUCGUAAAUUGAGGAUAAAGUACCUCGUUGGUUUGAUUACAAAUGGUCCUUCCAAUGCUCAAUGGGAGAAAAUACACAAGCUUUCGCUUGAACAAUAUUUUGAUAUCAUCCUAGUAUCUGGAGAUUUACCAUGGGAAAAACCAGAAAGAGAAAUAUUUCGGAAAGCGUGUCGAUUUUUAAAUGUUAAGCCCGAUAGUUGUAUCAUGGUUGGUGACAAGCUGGAAACCGACAUUUUGGGUGGGAUAGAAGCUGGUCUAAGAGGUACUGUUUGGAUUCCAACAGUGGAUAAAUCACGUUUGUUAAGAGAAGAUCCACAACCAGAUUUUACUGCAAGGCAUGUAACGGAUGUUUUAACAAUUUUAAAUAGAGGGCCUGAUGCCCCAGAACUUGAAGAUUCUUCUUCAAAUGCUUCUGAUGGUAGUUGAUAAAAGAACAGACUAAGCUUUUAUAAAAUGUCAUAGUUGCUCAGGAUGAAAUUUCUGUCUCGAGACGUACAUUUACUAUAACUACUACUAUCAUAGCAUAUAACUUAAUUAAUUUAGAUAUUUUAAAAAUAACUCGGAAACAAUUUUUAUCAAGUUUCUGAUUAUUCUGGUAUUAAAUAGUAAGAGGUAAAAUUAUUAACUAGGAGAUAGUAAAUAAUUAGUUACAUUGCAUUUCAAUCUAAAAGGACGAUCUUCGUGCCUGUUUUACAGAUUUUUUUUGUUUUAAUUAUACGUUUCUAGAUUGAG